CGGACGGGAAGGGCAGGAUGGCCACAGCUCACCGGAAGUUGUUUGAUGCCAUUGUGGUUGGGGCCGGCAUUCAAGGCUGCUUCACUGGCUAUCACUUUGCCAAAAAUAAGAAAAAUGUCCUUCUUCUGGAGCAGGAAUGAUGAACUGGAGGAUUUCGAUAUGAACGGAAGAACCUCCAGGAACUGAUGCAAAGUGAAAUGAGCAGAACCAAGAGAACAUUGUACACAGAAAGUGAAACACUGUGGAACAAUCCAAUGUAAUGGACUUUGCUAUUAGUAGCAAUGCAACAAGCCAGGACACUCCUGGAAGACUUAAUGUGAAAGAAUGCCAUCCACAUUGAAAGAAAGAACUAUGGAAGUAGAAAUGCAACAUGUAUAUAUGGUUUUUACUCCCUCAUUCCCGGGGAAGCUCCCAUGGACAAAGCCGGAUCAUCCGCAAGGCCUAUUUUGAGGACUUCUACACCAAGAUGAUGGAAGAAUGUUACCAGAUAUGGGCCCAACUGGAGAAUGAGUCUGGGACAAAGUUAUACAGGCAGACAGGAUUACUGAUGUUGGCAAAGAAGGAUAACUCUGAAUUUCAAGAUACUCUGGACACCUUGUCUAAGCAGGGUGUGGAACACAGGAAUCUCAACCCUGAAGAACUGCAGAGACGUUUUCCAAAUAUUCGGUUGGCCAGAGGAGAAUCAGGAAUCUGGGAUCCAUCUGGGGGUGUCUUGUUUGCUGACAAGGCAUUGAAGGCCUUACAGGAUGUAAUCAGACAGCUAGGAGGCGUGAUCCAUGAUGGGGAGAAAGUAACAGAGAUAAAACCCGGGUACCCAGUUACCGUGACAACCACCACCAGGACCUAUCAAGCUAAGAGCCUGGUAAUUACUGCAGGUCCUUGGACUAACCAGUUUCUCCGCCCCCUGGGAAUACAACUGCCUCUCCAGCCGCUGCUGAUCAAUGUGUGUUACUGGAAAGAGAAGGUCCCUGGGAGUUAUGCAGAGAACUUUCCCUGCUUUGUGGCGUCAGUCCCAGAGCUGGCUCCCCAUCAUGUCUAUGGGAUACCUGCAGGAGAGUACCCAGGGAUGGUGAAGGUCUGCUAUCACCAUGGUAACCAAGUCAACCCUGAUGAGCGGGACUGCCCCUCAGCAUCUCCAGACCUAACAGAUGUCCAGGUCCUCAGCAGCUUUGUGAGAGAUUACUUCCCCGGCCUGCAGCCUCAGCCUGCCAUAAUGGAACGCUGCAUGUACACGAAUACCCCAGACAAGAAUUUCAUUUUGGAUAAGCACCCAAGCCAUGCCAACAUCAUCAUUGGCGCUGGAUUCUCAGGACAUGGCUUCAAGCUGUCCCCAGUGGUGGGGAAGAUCCUGUAUGAACUAAGUACAGAGUCACUUCUAUCCUAUGAUCUGACUCCAUUCCGAAUGAGUCGCUUCCAGAGCUUCGACAAAGCAUCUCUGUAAACCUCUGGUUAACAACGUCCCCUCUUUGCUUACCACAGUGCCUGGUACCCAGUAGGUGCUCAAUAAAUACUGAUUGAUUGAUUGAAAACUUAUUGACUAAAGGAAGACUUCCCAGAUUAAAGGAGAGUGAUACAUCAUCCAUGUUUCCUAUUCUUCUUGACUCAUCUGGGCUCACUUACUCCCUCUGGAUAAUGACUUAAUCCUGCUCCUAAAAGUAGUUCAGACAUCCUGGAACAGAAAGGAAGGAAUCUUAAAGAUCAGUUUUUCAACAGGGAGUGGGACAGACCCAGAAGCCCAUAGGAGCAGAUGGAAUGUCCUUCUCUGCUGCUCUCUAAAAACAGGGAAAACCUUUCCAAAGCUUUCUGGGAGAAGGUGAUGGGGGUGUAGACCAGGCUAUAUUCUUCUUGUCUUUAUACCCCAUAAGAGGAGCAUAAUAAAUGCUUAUUUUUUGAUGGC